GGCUGACCGAUAGAGUUUGCUUACAAAAACGCAAAAAAAGCUAAAUCUCAUAUUUUUUCUUCGACCCGGUUAAAGUAACAUGGGUUGCUGCUGUAGCUCCAAACGAGAUCCAGAUCGAAGAGAUCUACUUGGUAAAAAUUUGGGCACUCGAACUUGGAGAACAUACAAUUCGACGACCGAAUGCAAUAUCAAUAGUUUAAAUGGCAGUUCCACGGCCAAGUAUGGAUCCAAUAAUUCUGCAGUAAAUCGGCAUGUAAUGUCAGAACAAGACGUGCUGAAUGAGAUCACGAACAAAACACUCUUGUCACUUAUAGAUAUUGUGACUGUGACGGAUCAACCAGGCGUGCAAGAAGACUGUUACGUUCUAACUGAAAAAAUGAAAGUCUACAAGAUACUUCUGAGUAAUAUGAAGACCAUGCCGAUAAUUACGUCAGACCUUCCAACACCACGUACAGAUAAUUUAGAAAAAGUUACAAGUGAUGACUUCCAGAUGACAAAAGCAGAAACAAAUUUUAUAAAAAUUUGUACCCAUAUAUUGGUUCAGUCAUUUUCUACAGACUUCAACGUCGAAGAUUGGGGUAGCUUGACUACUGGACUUUCGCAGGGUUCAUUCGAACAUGCUAUUGACGAUCGUUUAAGCGGAAAUAUGGACUCAUCUUAUUAAAAGCCGUUCGAAAAAGAUCGGUCGAUCUCUAGGAAUAACCGGCCGUUGGUUGGCGUCGCCGUUCUUGGCGGUAUGCAACAAGCGCCAAAAAAUUUUUUUGUAGCGAAAGGGUGUGCGAAAUCAAGGACAUCUUUAUUUAGACAUUUCAGAUAUUUCCUAUCCAGAAUAUAGAGGCGGGA